UUCGAGAUGAUCAUCGACAGGAUGGAUGCGCCCACCUUGGCCGUCGCGGUUUUGAUAUGCGCAGCAUGGCACUCCAGAGCCAUGCACAACCUCUAUCGCACCGUCAAGAUCCACGACCGCUCGAGGUUCGAGAUGCUCUUCAAGCAGGCUCGCGUGUCUCCGCGCGUCAGGAGCUGGCUCGCAACCACUCGCGAACUGGACAUCUCAGAAUCGUGUGCAGGGUCACAGCACGACCCCAGCAUAUUUCCAAAGCAAGGAAGUCAAAGUAACCACGGCGGCUUUCUUGGCGCACUGCUCCUUGCACUCGGCAAUGCCAUA